AUGGACGACCAGCGGGACGUUCAAACUUCCAAGCGAAACGGGAGCUCCAGGUCGCUGUUAUCGGCCGGUUCCGCGGUGGCAAUGGAGAUUAAACGGAAGAAAAUACGGCAGAGUACCUUAUUUCUGCAAACGGAGAGCACUAACAUACAAGAAAAGCUUGACUUUGAGAUACGAAUGCGGGAAGGUGCCUACAAGCUGCUCCUUGCCUGUAGUAAGAGAGAACAGGUUCUCAAUGCUUCCAAGAACCUGCUGACCUGCAACGCCAGGAUCAAGGCCUAUCUCACACAGCUGCAGAAGAAGAAAGAGGAGCAGGACAUGAUGGGAGAAUUCAGGAGUCUUUCAGAUGACCGUGUGCCCUGUUAUGCGACAAUUGCAAUAUCUGGGCUGCGACUCCCUUUGAUGUGGAGAGAUUCAGACCACUUUAACAACAGAGGGAGCUCUCGUCGCGUGGCGGUCUUCUGUCUGAUGAUGAUUGGCUCAGAGGUGUUUGACACACAGAUGGUGGUGGUGGACAGAUCAGUCACUGACAUUUGCUUUGAGGGAGUCACCAUCUUUAAAGAAGCAGUUCCUCAGUUUGAGCUGAAGGUGGAGCUGUGGAGCUGUGCCCUGGAGGAAGAGCUCACGUUGGUGAACACGCCAAAGAAACUGGCCAAGAAGUUCCGCAACUCCUUUGGAAAGAGUGCUGGGAAGAAGCUCUGCCCUCUGCUGGACUCUCAAGACCCCGACACCUUCCUGCAGUACAACCCUGUACCCGUUGGAGCCAAGUACAGCCUGCUGGCCUACACUACACUGUGUCUGCCCGAGGCUGAAGGCAGCUUCCAGUCUCACUCCCUCAUUGUUCUCCAAAACGCUGAGUGGUCAUCUUGGCUUCCACUUUAUGGCAACCUCUGCUGCCGGUUGGUGGCCCAGCCUGCAUGCAUGACACAGACUAUGAUGACUGGAUACCUGAGCCAAAAGCAAAGUGUGGAGGGGAUGUACCGCUGCUGCAGGCUGUACUGCGUGCUGAGUGCUGGCUUUCUCUCCUGUUACUUCACUCCUGAAGAAAUUGAUGCUAAAGUGCAGCCCACUCUCAAGGUACCCAUCAACAAGGACACCCGGAUCCGUGUGAUGGAGAAGGAGUCAGCAGGACUGAAAUCCAGGAGUCUGUCCAUCAUGAACCCCUCACCAGAGGGAUCUCACACCAUUGUCUUCACUACAGAAACCAGGGACGAGCUGGAGGACUGGCUGGAUGCCCUCUACCAGCACCUGUAUGAUCAAAGCCAGUGGCUGCACUGCUGCAACCAGCUAAUGAAGAUCGAGGUCGCGUCACCACGGAAACCAUCACUCUUCCUCGCCAAGCAGGCUGAUUCUGUUUACAAUGACCUCAGUAUAAAUUCACCUGGCAAAUUUGAGAGCAUCACAGACAUGAUCCACAACAAGAUAGAGGAAACAGAUGGACGCUUCCUCAUUGGUCAUGAUGAGGAGAAGGAGGCAGCUAACUGGUCUGCUUUGUUUGAUGGGUCCAACUCACUUUUGGUGCAGAAGAGCGUUCUGUCCCAGAGCAAAACCUCCACCCCGUGUUCAAGCCCCAAGCCCAACAACAGCUCUACACCCCUCAGCCACAAGAAGCGCCGUGCCCCACCCCCUCCCUCUGACAGAGAACCUCAUGCUCCUCCCACCCUUCCUGCCAGACCCCCUCACCCGCCUUCUCUUCGUCCUCCUCCUCCUCCCCCAUACCAGGAGAAGGAGAACUCCAGCCACUGCACUUCACGUCCAGCCACAAAGUCCAAAACUGGAAGACCCUCUCUGGAUGCUAAAUUCUCUGCCAUCAUACAGCAGCUCCAGUGGAACAACACUGGAGGAGCCGGAGCCCUCAGCCGUAAAAACGCCCCACUGGGUGUUCUCGAUGUACAACCACAGAGUCAGCAGCAGCCAGAGUACCAGAACCACCAUGACCACAACAGUGAAGCCACAGGUGAACAUGGCUUCCUCAGACCGAGCUACGGUCCUGGGCCUGUUCCUGCACCGAGGAGCAAACUGAGGAAGUCUUUCAGAGAGAGGAUGAACCUGAAAGCCUUGUGAGCUCUAUCAAAGAUUUAACCUACUAACUCUACCUACAUUACCACUAAUAUGAAUAAUAUACAGUAUAUUUGACUGAACCUCAGAAUGUGACGAUAUUUAAGGCAUUACUGUUGGUCCUCAUUUAGAUAAUAAAAGGAAACUAUCACUACUACUAUCAUAUUUGUGUACUAGAUAUGCAGCUGUUCAAAGGUAAUAUAAUCCACCUAUCAGCGUCUCUAAAGCUCACUAAUUAAGGUAAUUACAUUACAUCUCACAGUAAGUUUCCAGGAAGUCACUGCUCCCAGCCAAGAUAAUAAUCCUGCCCACACCUUACUGUAAAACUACAAUUAGUUCUAAUUACUUCAGUUUCUGUACAGAUUAAAUAAACAAGAUAUAACAUGUUAAGUAGUGAGCUUGAGAGGUGCUGGUAUGCAGGUUUUUUUAGCUUUAGAGCGAGUCUGGCAAAAAAAACAUGUAAAAGAAGGAAGGGUUCUUGGUGGCUAUGGUGCCAGCUGUAUUGAAGUCUAUGCAAGAUGCAUGGAGAAAUGCACUAGAACCCAGCACUUCAGAGGGUAGGUUAACCACUAACCCUUCUGUCUUUUUUUUUUUUUAAGAUUCCUUGAGCCAAAGCCGCUGUUUUCAGUCUUUGUGCUAAACUAAGCUAAACAUCUCCUGUAGUGUGAGAUUGAGAUUUGUAUCAAUCGUCUUAUCAUAUUUACCUAAAAUGUCGAACUUGACCUAAAGAGGAUAGGCGGGUGAAGUGGUCUCUUAAAAAAGACCUUCAUAAAGUCCCAUCAUGACAACCCAAAUCCCAGUCGACACCUCAUAUCACUAUAUCAAUAAUGUAUUGAUUCAUCUCCUGCUCCUCUCCUCAUUAUAAACUUCUUCAUGUGCAGCUAACCCAUAGAUGAAAUUGAAAGCCAUAUGUUGGCUUGAGCACCACCAUCAUCAAUCCCACUAAAAUGGAAAAGGCUUAUUUCUCAGUUGUGCCACUGGUACAUGGGCUGAAGAAAGAGCCUUUUGCAAAAGCACUCAAAUUGGAAUUGAUCCAUCGGCCGACAGUGGACGAGUCAUUCCUUUUGGAACUAUUGACUUAUUCCACUUACUGUGACAAUUUUAUGACCACUAUAGCAGAUUUUAAGGGAGCAGGAUUUUAGGAGCAAUUGCGAGCACUAAUGUGACUUCUCCAUUUCCCAGAGGUCUUAAUAAUGGAGUGACCUUGGUUUUCAGUGGCUACACAGUAUGUCCAACAUAAUUUAACAGUGCAGCCCGUAAAUGCUGUGAACAUAAUUGAAUGAGUGAGUCUUUCAAGUAGCUAAAAUGAUAAAUGUCCUUGUGUUUGUGUUUUGAACAUAUUCGAUCACUUAGGAAUCACAUGUUGAAGGAUGUUUUUCAUAAAUAGUGUACAAAACAUUACGUUUGGCUUCUUCUUAAAUUUCCUGGCCAGAUGAAGCCGUAUGGUGAAAGCUACAAUCCCAUGUCUUUUUUUUUUUUUUUCCCUUACCUUUUUUUAUCUCACCCUCUAAAUUCUGUUUAAUCAAGAGGGGGAGAUGUAGAUUUGGGGGGAGGCGGAUUACAGGAGGAUUUAGUUUAAGCCUUGAAAGAGCAGAGAAUGGUUCGUACAAAAGGGGACGCUGCUCAAUAUUAGCAGUGUGCUCAAAAUGUUUUCUAUGCGUGGUGUGUAUUAGUCACUUUGAUGUACUGUAAUAGCCGGGAAAAACAAGGGAAGGUUCCAGGGUCAAACGUCAUAGACGGUGUGGUUACACGUUGAACCGUGUGAUCGCUUGAUGAUUGUAUUGCACUUCCUGCCUUCCUAGAAUGUUAAAUUACAUCUCAAAAUGUCUGACACUUUAUGUGAAUGCUGACAUUUUUGCAUAGUAUGACGGAUUAACUGUGUAGCGCUCGUGAAAGCUGCAACCAGUAAAGUUAAAUGUUUCCCCUGAGGGAGGGCGUAUGAUCUGAAUAACCAACUGCUUUAUGACUAAAUAAGGACAGAACAUUUUUACUUUGAUCCAGUGAGACUAAUGGGACAAUUUUACUAUGCAUUUACAAAUAUGUCAAUUUAUUUGUUAGCCACACAACAGCAAUAAUCUGUAAAUAUCUGAUUAAAAUGUGCUGUAACUCCUUUUUAAAGUGUAAUACUGUUUGUCAUCUCAAUGUUCCUUUUUAGCACAUCAAUUAUUUAGACUUUAAGAGGUAUUGUGUUCACGUCCUAGUUGGUAGGAAUACAUUAAUCUUGUCCUAGUACAGAGUAAUUUUUAUAUAGUGCAAUGUAAAAGAAAAAAAUAAACAAUGUAGUUAUUCUUUCAAAAAGUGCAAUUUUCUCCUCACUCUGCUCUCUGUUGUCUUGGAAGCUAACUGUAUUUUUUAUUAUUGCUGAUCUGCAAUAAAAACGGUCUACAUUCUA